AGUAAGAGAAAACGUCAACUUCUGAACUUCAACUUGAACUUUAGGCAUAUUUCACUCCUUCUUCCCUACAUUAGUGAAAUUGUCCCCAUCUACUGAAAAUCCGUAAAAAAUGGGUUAAUGGACGAUUACAUGGAAUAUCUAACGAUCAGAGGAAUUACUUGAACUGAAAGCUCGAAAGGGAAAGGAUGUUUAAUCGGGGUCAGAAUGGCUACAACAGAUUACUGGCAGAUCACACCUACCUCAACAAAGACACCGAAGAAGAAUUUCUGUGCUAUGGAUACAGGACAGACCAGUGUAAGGAGGCAGUGUUCCUGGUUCUGGUGGUGCUGACCGGGGGCCUGGUCCUCCUGCUGCUACAGUGGCGCCCCCAGAUGGUGUGUUACCUGAGGAAGAGGCGAUGCUCUCUCAGCCAUGCAGACACAAUUCUCUUACAGGACACAUACAAGCAGUACAGCAUAGCCAGCAUUGAAGAGAAAACCUUUCCACAAUCGAAGGACUUUGUGUCUAGUGGCACACAAGCUGUGGACUCAGACUAUGAAAGUCCAGCGGACACCAGUGGGCUCAUAGUGUCUCAGGAAGAAUUCAAGCUGCGGUACUUUGACCAUCAACAUGUGAGAUAUUUAUGGGAUAGGGGAAGCCAAGUCUUCUCAAAGCUCAAAGAUCUUUCUGAGGGAACCAAAUGUGUAAAUAUCCAAGAGAGUUUCUAUGGUUUGAGUGCGAGAGAACAGAAUCAAAAACAACUUGUUUACGGAGAAAAUUCAAUUGAAGUAGAAGUGAAAUCAUAUUGGAGACUCUUCAUAGAGGAGGUGAUGAACCCAUUCUACGUGUUUCAGAUCGCCAGCAUUAUUCUCUGGCUCUGUGACCAGUAUUAUUACUAUGCUGCGUGUAUUCUCUUCAUAUCUCUCAUGUCCAUUGGAAUCUCACUGUAUGAAACCAAAAGACAAAGUAAGACGCUACAUGACAUGGUAUCCACCCAGGCCCAAACCAUCAGUGUGUGUAGAGGGGAGGAGGUUUAUGAGGACGUACCCACGGGGAAGCUUGUCCCUGGGGAUGUUAUCGCAAUCCCCCAGCACGGCUGUGUAAUGACCUGUGAUGCAGUACUUAUAACAGGGACAUGUAUUGUCAAUGAAAGCAUGCUUACAGGUGAGAGUGUGCCGGUAACCAAGACGCCGAUGACCCACCAGGAGGAUGAGGAGGUGUACUCACCGGACAACCACAAGAGACACACCCUUUUUUCCGGCACACAUAUACUGCAGACCAGGUUCUACGGCAACUCCAAAGUCAAGGCCGUUGUCGUGCGAACAGGCUUCAGAACUGCCAAAGGAGAACUUGUGCGAGCCAUACUGUUUCCUAAACCUCUUGACAUGAAGUUUUACAGGGAUGCGAUGAAGUUCAUCCUGUUCUUGGGUUGUAUGGCUGCCCUUGGAAUGACCUAUAGUAUCAUCAUCUAUGUCAAGCAAGGGAUUUAUCCCAUGAAGAUUGUAGUCAGAGUUCUAGAUAUCAUCACCAUUAUUGUUCCUCCUGCUUUACCGGCAGCCAUGACAGUAGGAACAGUGUUUGCGCAGAGUCGUCUCAAGAAGAAGGGAAUCUAUUGCAUUAGUCCCCCGAGAAUAAAUUUCUGUGGGCGGCUAGACGUCUUCUGCUUUGAUAAGACUGGUACACUGACAGAAGAUGGUUUAGACAUGCUAGGGGUACUACCCAUAAAGAACGCAGGGUUCUGUGGGGUGGUGGACGACCCCUCCACUCUAGAGGUGGGCCCUUUUCUGACCUGUAUGGCGACAUGUCACUCCCUAACGGUCAUUGACGGAGAGCUGUCUGGGGACCCCCUGGAUCUCAUCAUGUUUAACUCCACCAAAUGGGUGUUAGAGGAACCAGGUAAGGACACCAGUAAGUUUGACACCAUUAUGCCAACAGUUGUGAGGCCCUGUACCAAGGAUACCUUUACCUCAUCUGAGAACCCGUUUGAGGUUGGCAUUAUCAGACAGUUUACCUUUUCCUCAUCGGUGCAGCGGAUGAGUGUGAUCACGAGGACGCUCAGUGAGGACGGGAUGCAGCUCUUCUGUAAAGGAGCACCGGAGAAGAUAGCCUCCCUCUGUCAGCAAGAUACAGUCCCGCAUGAAUUCCAUGACAUUUUACAUCGCUACACAAUUCAAGGUUACAGAGUCAUUGCAUUGGCCCAUAAAAAAAUGGAUCCCAAGCUGACAUGGCAUCAAGCUCAAAGAAUAUCUAGGGAUAAAGUGGAAUUCAACAUGACAUUCCUUGGGAUGAUUGUUCUACAAAACAAACUCAAACCUGAGACAAAACCAGCCAUCCAUAAACUACGGGAGGCAAGAAUCAGGACUGUCAUGGUAACAGGUGACAUGAUCCAGACCGCUAUCAGUGUAGCAAGGAAUUGUGGGAUGAUCCCCAUCAAGGACCGAGUGAUCAUUAUUGAAGCCUCUCCCCCAGACGCUCAUGGUCCGGCAAACAUUAAGUGGGUCACCGCUGAGACACCGGACGAGGGGACAGAUUACUACACGGACUCGGAUUACUUGGAGGAUGUUCACAUUGACUUGGAGAAUCCCCACAAGAUGCACAACUUUCACUUUGCUGUCAGCGGCCAGGCCUUUGCAGUACUUACUACGCACUUUCCAGAAUACAUUCCAAGGGUUGUGGUAAAGGGGACGGUUUUUGCCAGAAUGUCUCCCGAUCAGAAGCUUCAGCUGAUUGAGGAGUUACAGAACAUAGGGUAUAAUGUUGGCAUGUGUGGAGAUGGUGCUAAUGAUUGUGAGGCCUUGAAGGCAGCACAUGCGGGGAUUUCCCUGUCGGAAGCUGAGGCCUCUGUAGCAGCUCCCUUCACUUCCAGCAUUCCAAACAUCGAGUGUGUCAUACGCAUCAUGAGGGAGGGCAGAGCGGCCCUUGUGACAUCCUUCGGCUGCUUUAAGUAUAUGGCUCUCUAUAGCUUUAUUCAAUAUGUCUCGGUUCUGAUUUUAUAUACAUUUGAUGCCAAUUUAGCUGACAUGCAGUUCUUAUAUGUGGAUCUUGUCAUCACAACCAGUGUUGCUGUACUCAUGGGGUAUUCUGGUGCCUACCAUAAACUGGUUCCUCAGCGACCUCCAGGGAGUCUGGUGAAGCCCAGCAACCUGCUGUCAAUCAUCGCCCAGAUCCUGCUGGUCAUCAUCUUCCAGAUUUCAGCCUUCUUAUACCUGCAUUUUCAGCCAUGGUAUAAACCAGCGCCCAAGAAUCUGGAUGCUGACAAUACCCACUGCUGGGAAACCACUGUGAUAUUCCUGGUCUCCACAUAUCAGUAUAUAGCCUCUGCCUUUGUCUUUUCAAAGGGGCCGCCAUUCAGGGAGCCCAUUUACAAAAAUGUGCCUUUUCUGCUGACACUGUGUUCAUUGUUUGCUUUCUCCACUUACCUGCUCAUGUUGCCAUUCAAACCCAUAUUGGAUUUUUUCAAUUUGAUGGAGCUACAUACUAAGUCAGUUGAGUUUCGCUCAGUUCUCUUGGCAUUCUCUGUGGGCUUUAUAUUUGCUGCUUGCCUUUUGGAGUAUUUAAUUAUGGAUGUGAAGUGCACCAAAAAAUGUCUCGAUUCCUGUUCUCACUGCUGUGGUAAUGGAGAUGAAAAGAAAGACCACUACAGAAAAAUUCAAAAUGAAAUACAGCUCAGUAAUUGGCCACCAAUUGGUCAGGUGACUUAUGCUUCAUUGAAUGAGCCUCAUGUUGAAAUAGAAGAGGAGCUAAUGAGGUCACAAGGUGCAAUUCUAGUUAAUUGAUGAAGUGAUAUUUUAAGAAUAGAAUGAUAUUGAUAUUUCUAGCCUAACAAUUUUAGCAAUACAGUGUAAUAGGUUUCCUAUUUUGGUGCUGUGUGAACUACUUGUACUGUGAAAUACUCUGUCAAUUGUCCAUUUUUAUAUUGUGAAAUAUGUGACAGCUUAAUGUUGAGAAUGUGAUUUGUUAUUUAUUUGUUUGUUUUUUUGUUUUAUAUAAUGUUGAAGUUUUGUGUCUGCAACAGACCGAAGAGGGAUAUUUAAAUGAAAGUUGUACUAAUGAGGGAAUGUUUUAACAAUCUAAGUGGUGCCUAAAUUAACCGGUCCUCUUGUAACCGUUUCUUGGCAUUAAUUUAAAUUUUAUACUUGUAUCAAUAUGGUAUAUUUUAUAACUUCUGGGAAGUUGUUGUUUAGCUUCCAAUGAGAUAUAUAUCUCAAUUUGUAUAAAACGGUUAUCAAGAUGUGAUAAAAUUACAGUAAUGAAGAUUGAAUCAUAAUUACGUAUUAGAUUAUUAGACACAAUGCAUAUUAGAAUACAUGUAUCGGACCCAGUCUGAUAAUUGCUUUAGAGAUAACUGGACAGAAUGAAACUGUCUUCCACUCCAGGUAAUAGUUGGUUUCUGAAGACAGUUGGGAAUCCAAUGGACAGUAGUGAUAGACUGUAAAUUAUGAACAAGAAUUUUACAAAAUGUGGAGAUGUUUAAGAUACUGAAUAUUUAUACUUUAUUUUUAUAUACAUUGUAUUAUUUUGCAUGUAUUUUUGUAGGUUUUUGUUUCAUUCAAAGUUAAUACUCCACAAUGAAAAAUAUGAAUAAAUUAAAUAUGGCUUUGCUAUGUGAACAAAUUUAAGACAUUCCAUUUCUACAGAUAAUACGAGUAUCCAGUGCUUUUUGUAACAUUGCUUCACAUAAUUCACUAACAAAUAUAUGUAUACUCAAUUGUAUGUUCUACAUUUUAUUUACUUUUUUGGUUACCUUGUUUUUAAUUGGAGCUUGGUAUUUACAUAAUUGUAUCCAAAAUUUGUCAACAAAGAUGUGAAUUGCAUGCCAUUGUGUUUGACCAAAAUUGAUGAUUCUAAUUUAUGAACGAUGAUUUUAAAUGAUAAGAGACAGCUAUAGAGGAAGCGUGUGUUGUACACAUGUAUUAUGUUGUGUGAUGGUCACACAGAUCUGUUGUAACGUGUAUUUGUUAUGUACAGUAUAGAAUUAUUGGGAGAAUAAAUCAUUGCAUUCAAUGGA